AUGCUUGCUGGUCAUGUUGUUGGAUCUUGCUGGUACCUUUUUGGUCUCCAGAGAGUAAAUCAAUGCCUUCGAGAUGCUUGUGGUAACUCUGAUCAUGAGUGUAGAGAUCUUAUAGAUUGUGGUCGUGGAGAUAGCUAUCAAGCCUUUGCUGCAUGGAAAAGUAACGAGAGUGCAAGUGCUUGUUUUCAAGAGGAUGGUUUUCCUUAUGGGAUUUAUAUGAAGGCAGUUAAUCUCACCAAUCACACAAGCCUCUUCACAAGAUAUAGUUACUCUCUUUUCUGGGGCUUCCAGCAAAUCAGCACGCUUGCUGGAAACCAAGAGCCAAGUUACUUUCUUGGGGAGGUCUUUUUUACCAUGGGGAUUAUUGGACUAGGGCUAUUGCUUUUUGCACUUCUUAUUGGUAAUAUGCAGAACUUCCUUCAAGCUCUUGGUCGAAGGAAUUUGGAAAUGACAUUGAGACGGCGUGAUGUGGAGCAAUGGAUGAGCCAUAGAAGGUUACCAGAAGGUAUAAGAAAGAGGGUGCGAGAAGCAGAGCGUUUCAACUGGGCUGCUACUAGAGGAGUUAAAGAAGAAUUGCUAUUUGAGAAUAUGCCUGAUGACCUUCAAAGAGAUAUAAGACGACACCUAUUCAUAUUUCUCAAGAAGGUGAGGAUAUUUUCGUUGAUGGAUGAAUCAAUCUUAGAUGCUAUCCGUGAGAGGCUAAAACAAAGAACAUACAUAAGUAGUAGCACAGUGCUGCACCGUGGAGGUCUAGUUGAGAAAAUGGUAUUCAUAGUGAGAGGUGAGAUGGAGAGCAUUGGAGAAGACGGUUCUGUUCUUCCUCUAUCAGAGGGAGACGUUUGUGGUGAAGAGCUCCUCACUUGGUGCCUUGAACGCUCUUCUGUAAACCCUGAUGGAACGAGGAUAAAAAUGCCAUCAAAGGGAUUGCUAAGCAACAGAAAUGUUAGGUGUGUGACAAACGUGGAGGCGUUUUCACUGAGUGUAGCAGAUCUUGAAGACGUAACAAGCUUGUUCUCGAGGUUCUUAAGGAAUCCUAGAGUGCAAGGAGCCAUUAGGUAUGAAUCUCCAUAUUGGAGGCUACGAGCAGCUAGGCAGAUUCAGGUGGCUUGGAGAUACCGAAAGAGACGGCUUCAUAGAUUGUACACUGCUCAGUCUGGUUACAGCCUUUAG